CUCGGCCCCACAUAACGGGGGGUUGCCCAGCCCCGCCAGCCGCCCCCGCCAUGCCGGCCGAGCCCCCCCGCUCCGCCCCGCCGACGCUCCGCGCCGCCCGCCGCAAGCCGCUGCCCGAGGGCAGGGCCGUGGGCCAAAGGGCCCCGCUGUGGCUGCGGGCCCGCUUUCAGGCGCUGCUCUUCGCCCUGGGCUGCCGGAUCCAGCGGCACUGCGGGAAGGUGCUCUUCGUGGGGCUGCUGGUGUUCGGGGCGCUGGCCGUGGGGCUGCGGGUGGCCUCCAUCGAGACCGACAUCGAGCACCUCUGGGUGGAAGCGGGCAGCCGAGUGAGCCAGGAGCUGCGCUACACCAAGGAGAAGCUGGGUGAGGAGUCCGUCUACACCUCCCAAAUGUUGAUCCAGACCCCGAAGCGGGAUGGGGAAAACAUCCUGACGCAGGAGGCCCUGCAGCUCCACCUCGAGGCGGCCCUGGCCGCCAGCAAAGUCCAAGUCUCGCUGUACGGAAAAUCGUGGGAUUUGAAUAAGAUCUGCUACAAGUCGGGUGUCCCCAUCAUUGAGAACGGCAUGAUUGAGAGGAUGAUAGAGAAGCUGUUCCCCUGUGUGAUCCUGACGCCGCUGGACUGCUUCUGGGAAGGUUCCAAGCUGCAGGGAGGCUCAGCGUAUCUCCCGGGCCGCCCGGACAUCCAGUGGAGCAACCUGGACCCUCUGCAGCUGAUGGAGGAGCUGGGGCAGUUCACGUCCCUGGAAGGUUUCAAAGAGCUGUUGGACAAGGCAGAGGUGGGGCAGGCUUACAUGGAACGGCCGUGCCUGGACCCCCAGGAUCCCCAGUGUCCCCCCAGUGCCCCCAACAAGCAGAGCCAGCAGAGCCCUGACAUCCCGGCUGAGCUCUCGGGGGGCUGCCACGGCUUCUCCAGGAAGUUCAUGCGCUGGCAGGAGGAGCUGAUUUUAGGCGGCACGACCAAAGACUCCCAGGGCAAGCUGCUACGCGCCGAGGCCCUGCAGACCAUGUUCCUCCUCAUGAGCCCCCGGCAGCUCUUUGAGCACUUCAAGGAUGACUACGAGAUCCAUGAUAUCAGCUGGAGCGAGGAGAAGGCGGGCGCCAUCCUUGAGGCCUGGCAGAGGAAAUUCGUGGAGCUGGCACAGAACUCCAUCCCACCCAAUGCCACUCAGAACGUCCAUGCUUUUUCCACCACCACUCUCAACGACAUCAUGAAGUCCUUCUCUGACGUCAGCGUCAUCCGGGUAGCUGGAGGCUACCUCCUUAUGCUGGCCUAUGCCUGUGUCACCAUGCUGCGGUGGGACUGCUCCAAGUCCCAAGGGGCCGUGGGCCUGGCCGGGGUCUUGCUUGUGGCUCUCUCCGUGGCCUCUGGCCUGGGACUUUGCUCAUUGCUGGGCAUCUCCUUCAAUGCAGCCACCACCCAGGUCCUGCCUUUCCUGGCCCUUGGCAUUGGUGUGGAUGACAUGUUCCUCUUGGCUCAUGCCUUCACUGAGACCAGCCAGCACAUCCCCUUCAAGGAGCGGACGGGAGAGUGCCUGAAGCGCACGGGGACCAGUGUGGCUCUCACCUCCGUCAGCAACAUGAUCGCCUUCUUCAUGGCAGCCCUGGUGCCCAUCCCUGCCCUGCGUGCCUUCUCCCUCCAGGCUGCGGUGGUUGUCGUGUUCAACUUUGCCAUGGUGCUAUUCGUCUUCCCUGCCAUCCUGAGCCUGGACCUGUAUCGCCGGGAGAGACGUCGGCUCGACAUCCUCUGCUGCUUCUACAGCCCUUGCUCCUCGAGGGUCAUCCAGAUCCAGCCCCAGGAGCUCGCCGAUGCUAAUGACAACCACACCUGCCACCCCUCCCCUUAUGGGCACCCCGGCGUGGCCACCAGCACCCAGAUCACUACCACCGUGCAAGCCUUCACCCGGUGUGACCCCUCGGGCCACCACGUCGUCACUGUCCUGCCGCCCACCUCCCAGGUGUGCACAUCGCCCGCCGUCCUCCUGCCCCCCACUGACCCCCUGGGCUCGCAGGUCUUCACCCCGUCCAGCUCCACCCGGGACCUGCUGGCCCAGCUGGACGAGGCCAAGGGUGGGCGGGAGUGUGUCCCCCUGCCCUUUUGCCGCUGGAGCCUCGCCGACUUCGCCCGGGAGAAAUACGCUCCACUCCUCCUGCGGACCCGGACCAAGGCAGUGGUGGCAGUGCUGUUCCUGGCGCUGCUGGGGCUGAGCCUCUAUGGCACCACCAUGGUGCAUGACGGGCUCUACCUGACGGACAUCGUGCCACGGGACACCAAGGCACAUGCCUUCAUCUCAGCCCAGUUCAAGUACUUCUCCUUCUACAAUAUGUUCAUCGUCACCAAGGGUGGCUUCCACUACCCGGGUGCCCAAGCUGCCCUGCUCAGCCUGCACCAGGCCUUCAGCACAGUCAAGUAUGUGGUGCGGGAGGGCAACCGUGACCUGCCCAAGAUGUGGCUUCAUUACUUCCAGGACUGGCUGCGAGGACUCCAGGCCACCUUCGACAGGGACUGGCAAGCGGGGCGCAUCACCCAUGACAGCUACCGCAACGGCUCCGAGGACGGGGCGCUGGCAUACAAGCUCCUGAUCCAGACCGGCGACAAGAAAGAGCCCUUCAACUUCAAUCAGCUGACCACACGGCGGCUGGUGGACGAGAAUGGCAUCAUCCCCCCUGACACCUUCUACAUCUGCCUGACGGUGUGGGCCAGCAACGACCCCCUGGGCUUUGCCGCCUCCCAGGCCAAUUUCUACCCUCCACCGCCUGAGUGGAUCCAUGACAAGUACGACACCACGGGCGAGAACCUGCGAAUCCCAGCAGCCCAGCCGCUGGAGUUUGCCCAGUUCCCUUUCUACCUGAGCGGGCUGCGUCGCACGGCUGACUUCGUGGAGGCCAUCGAGAGCGUGAGGGCCAUCUGCCGGGAGGCCGCCCAGCGCCAUGGGGUGCUGAGCUAUCCCAGCGGCUACCCCUUCCUCUUCUGGGAGCAGUACAUCGGCCUGCGCCACUGGUUCCUGCUGGCCAUCAGCAUCCUGCUGGCCUGCACCUUCCUGGUCUGCGCCCUGCUGCUGCUCAACCCCUGGACAGCCGGCAUCAUCGUCUCCAUCCUGGCCAUGAUGGCAGUGGAGCUGUUUGGCAUCAUGGGGCUGAUGGGCAUCAAGCUGAGCGCCAUCCCCGUGGUCAUCCUCAUCGCCUCUGUGGGCAUCGGUGUGGAGUUCACCGUCCAUGUGGCCCUGGGCUUCCUGACGGCUGCGGGGAGCAGGAACGUGCGCUCGGCUGCGGCGCUAGAGCACACCUUUGCCCCUGUGAUGGACGGUGCUGUCUCCACCCUCCUGGGUGUCCUCAUGUUGGCCGGCUCCGAGUUUGACUUCAUCAUGAGGUACUUCUUUGCGGUGCUCACCAUCCUGACGCUGCUGGGGCUGCUCAACGGGCUGGUGCUGCUGCCAGUCCUGCUCUCUGUCAUUGGGCCACCCCCUGAGGCAUCCCCAGUGGAUAAUGGCCCCCGUCUGCCCCCUCCGGAGCCAGUGCCCCCAUGCCUGGGCCCUGGGGGGCUGUAUGUCCGGCGAGCCCCUGCCUGGCCCGCUGCUUUCCCGGACCCCUCGGACACAGAGCGCUACGCAGAGGCCGUGGGGCCGGGUAGCCCCCAGGGGCCUUUCAUCGUGCCCCCCACCCCGGCGCACAUCCUGCUGGAGGCCGGCAAGGACCCCAGCUUCCCCCGCAUCACUGUGCUGAAGCCCUACAAGGACAGCCCAGAGGUCCAGGGGAAGAAGGAGGCUCCUGGCCCUCAGCCUGCACCCCCUCUGUCCUUCGGGGAGCCGUGCCCACCGGGUGCCCGGCCAGCCCCCCCCGCAGCCCUGCCCACCUACAGCACCCACCUGCAGGGUCCCGCUGGCAGCUACACCACCGUCACGGCCACCGCUUCGGUGACGGUGGCCCUGCACCCCACGCUGCCUGGGUCUUACCCCACCUUUGGCCCCGAGGGCUUCGCCAGUGGUGAGCACGACUGCCUGGAGGAGCCCAGCACUGGUGGCACCGCCAUGCCCAAUGCCUUCGAGAUGCAGAGCAUGGGACGCCACGGGACAGGCACCCGGCGCUAGGUUGGUGGCUCCUGGGCAGAGCAUCUCCCCGGCACCCGGCGGGCACAGGAGGGUGCAGAGCGGGGUCGCCCGCAUCGUGCUGCUAAUCGCCGGAGCGGUGAUGCCCCCCCCGGCUCUCGGCCGAAGAGGACCAGCCCCCCCCGAAAAGCCCCCUGCAAAGGGGUUCGGCAGGGCAGGCUGGCACUUCUAUGCAAGCUGUGUGCAGGCCACGCCAUGCCCGCGUGUCCCCGACUCGGGGCUGUGCUGAUGGUGCCGUGUCCCCUCACCCAGGGUUUGGGGUUACCCUGCCCCAGGCUUGUUGCCCCCCACCCCCCAACCCCCAGAAAUGGAAGCACUAACCCCUCCCCCCUCUGUUUCUGGAGCUGCUGGUGAGGUGGGCUCGCUGCCCUGCCAGCUCCCCCCCUCUGUGGGGUCACUGCCUGCUCCCUGUCACCUCCUCCUGGGAUGGUCCCCACCUGGGCCACGAGCUGGGGUCCCCCAACAGGGUGCCCUGGUGUCCCCUGGCCAUACCCUGGGGUGCCGUGAGCAAGGCCUGGGGCGGGCAACCCCCCACCUUUAUUUAUUGCAAAGGGAAACUAUCUAUAGAGAGAUAUAUAUUUUUAAGCUUAUUUUAAAAGAUUUAUUUCUCAGCCUAUGGCCUCGCCCGGCUGCCCAGGGUGCAGGCAGGGAGGGGGCAGACCCUUUGCCAGAGGCAGCGGGAGCCCGGAGCAGGGGCACAGACCUGGUUCAUGCCCCCCACUCCACGGGGUGCUGGGGGGCCACGGGCAGCUCACCCCUCCCCGCUCCAACACGCUGCUCCGUGCCUCAGUUUCCCCACUGGCGAGCACAGGAGGGCUGGAGAUCGGGGACAUGCUGCGGUGGCGACAGGGAGCUUGUUGCUCCCACCACACAGGCAGGGGGUUUUUGGGGUGGGGGAUCCUUGGGGUGGUCCUUCCUGUGCUAAGCCCCUGAGCUGUCCCACGGUCACGGCCCCUCGUGCCCCACUCGUGCUCUGCCCUGGUGACAGCACGUGCUGGUGCAGGCCCUUGGCAGCACACGCUCACGUGGGUGCCCGCAGUGCCACAUCUCUCUGGGAAAGCAAAUUUCUCACCGUGUCCCCGUGCGGUGGGGCUGUCCCUGUCCCUGUCCCCGUCCCCGUCCCCCGGGCACGGUUCGCGCCGUUACCCAGCACUUUAACUCCAGCGGUGUUUGCCGUGCCCGUGGACCCAGCACCCACCCUGCCACCCCCUCGCCCCCCAGACACUGCCGCUGAGCUGGGGUGGCCCCGGGGACCCCGUCCCCCCGUGCCAGGCGUGGGCACGGUGGGCAGCCCUUCCCUCCUCCCCCUUCCCCCACGCCAUCUAAGUUAUUUAUAUCAAAGAGAGCAAAGGUUUAUUUUUGUAGUUUGUACAGGCGGUAGUGGGGACUGAAGGUUUAUUUUUAAAGAGUAAAUAUAUAUAUUAUAUAUAAAUUA